UACGAAACGCGAAAUGCUACUUCAUAUACGAUAGGCUCUCCCAAGCCUACGGACAAAGAGAUGGCGGGAAGCAGCCAAGAAGCGCGAGUGCUUUGGUCUGCCUGGAAUAAACUUUGCUUUAGGGACGGUGUCCUAUACUAUAAAUUUGGACCAUCGUACCCCUUGCGAGUGGUAGUACCAAGGUCCGCCGUGGAGCAAAUCGUGACUGAGUUGCAUGUUAGUUUGGGCCACCUGGGACCAGCUAAAGUUGAGCAAGCUGCCCGUAGGCGGUACUGGUGUCCGGCCAUGCGCGACGACAUAAAUGACAUUUGCGCGUGUUGUCACCGAUGUGGCGAAGUCAAGUCUCCACCUCACGCGGCCAGAGCACCACUACAACCCAUGACAGCGGGGUUCCCAAAUGAACUCGUGGCUAGUGGUAACCGCUACAUUUUGGUUAUGGUUGACUAUUUUACGAAAUGGGCGAACGCUGUACCUAUUCGUAAGGCAGACGCUCUGUCUGUAGCAAAAGGAUUCAUGGCAGGAUGGGUUGCUGAUCACGGAGUCCCCUACCAAAUUCACACAGAUAGAGGCAGCCAAUUUGAAAGCAUGUUGCUUUUAGAAUUGUGCGACUUGUUAGGCGUUCACAGAAGCCGUACUACGGCGUAUCACCCUCAAGGGAAUGGACAAGUCGAACGAACUAACAGGACGCUCAAGAUGCUCAUAAGAUUGCAACUCGAUGAAUAUGGGUUAAAUCAAUGGGAUGAUGCCUUGCCCGCAUGCCUACUAGCAUAUAGGUCUGCUGUCCACUCCUCCACGGGUCUAACGCCAGCAGUAAUGACAUUCGGACCUGAGUUGCGGCUACCGUCCGAUAUUGUGGCGCCCCCACCUCGAGAGCAGGAGUACGUCAGUACUUCAGAGUACGUGGCUGAGGUACGACGCCAACUUCGUCGGUCUUUCGACUCGGCCAGGUCACAGUUGGCUCUCGCUCAUAAAAGACAGAAAGACUACUAUGAUAAGCGGGCCCACGGUACCCCUGUCGAGGAAGGUGACCUCGUGUGGAUGGCUACCACGAACGUAGUGGGCGAAGGUCGGAAGUUUCAACGUUCGUGGGAAGGACCUUAUGUGGUAGACACGGUCCUCAGUGAAACGACAUGUCUAAUUCGCAGUCUGGACGAUAGUCCCGGUCAAGGGUUUACUAUUCAUUUUAACAAGCUAAAACCCUAUGUUUCGUCAAUGGCGGAGACUGAUGAUGAGCGCCUAAGGUACUGUGAACCACCCCCAGUGGACCACACGGUUGAGAUAGCAGCAGUAGUAGUAGACGAGAGGCUAGGGACAGCUUCGGUCUUAGGGGGGGCAGCGUAG